AUGGAAUCGUCUCCGUUAACCUUGGCGUUGCGGACCCUCCAGCUCCUAGAGAAACAUCACAAACGGCUUGCAGAAAUUCUUAGAUUUCAACAUGAACACCCUUCGACCGCUUCUCCUGAGCCUACAAAUUCACCAUCACCGACCCUUUCAACCGCCCAAACCAGCAAAUUUAACGCUCAAAUUGCCGGAGGAGCGUCACAUGCUGCAACUUCACCCACAGAGAAUGUCCACCAACCACCUCGUCUAGCCACUCCGCAUAGAUCUCUCCAGCGAGAUACGAGUUCAAUAGCAAGCAAUCUGGCAUCCGCACGCGGUAUUCCUUCCCACCCGCCCCGAGCGAGUCUUGCGUCUCCCGCUGUUUCAACACAGAAUGCCGGAGCGAAAAUGACUGGUGUUCCAGGGCGCACGAGACUUGAUGGUACUGGCCUCGAUGCGCUAAACGCCGAUUUAAAGUCUCACCCCGGCUUGGCUUCCAAGCGUAAACCGUCAUGGGCUCCAACCAGUCCCACAGAUAUCGUCGACCAACAAACAGUUCCCCCAGAGCCAAGUGAGACACCUAAACUUGGUUUUGGAUUCUCAACCGAUGAGUCGUUCCAGCGCUUUUAUUCGACCUUUGAGGGCCUCAUAUCCAAGUUUUCUGCCCCCCUAGCAUUUGCUAGUUUGCCUCUGGGCAUUGAUCCAACCAGCCAGAAAUCUGCAGCAAAUACGCGCCUCGACCGGAAUCCUGCCUCCGCAGACAUUUCCAGCCAUCUUACAGAACAAACAGACGUGAACAAGCUAGUAUCGAGAGCUGCACUGCGUGCCCUUCGAGACAGAGAUGGCUCCAGCCGCUCACCAGGCCACUCGAAUCCUGCAGAAUCAUUCUACGUCGUCCCUACCGCGGGUGGAACAAUAUCGUACGCGGGCAUUCUUUCCCGAGCUGAAAAAGAAGCCCGUAGGGACAGCCUAGCCGACAGCCGUGACGACGAUUUUGUCGAUGCGCGCGAAAACCCGAUGCCCCCAGAAUCUUCGCCUACAGCCCGGACACCGGACAGGGAUCGAAAGUCAACUGCGGGGAGGCACAAAGGAGCAGGCGCCUUGGAAAGCCGCUCGACACAGGCUUCAGCACAUCAUCAGGACAUGAACACGAAGACCUUGGAAGAACUGCAACUGGAGAACCAGGCGCUGAAGCACCUAUCAGACACGCUGUCCAAGCGGCUGCACAUGUGGGAAGUCAACGCGCAGUCGUCGUCAUUAGCAUUGCAGCAGUCUCUCAAGGCAAUGCAGCACCAAUCCACCGCCUCACCUGCCCGCCAGCUCUCUCCCAUAGCGUCGACUGCGCCGCAAGCAUCCCAUCAUCAUGGAGUACAGUCGCCAUCACCACCGCCUUCAGUAGCCGGGGCGCUGGUGCCCUCGGGAGAGGACGCGGCUGCGGGAAUGCCGCAAUCAUCCAACACUGACGCGGCUCGGAUUUUAGAGCUGGAAGAGCGCGCACGGAAGAGCGAGAGGGAGUUGCAGCGGGUGGGCCGCGAGAAUGAGAAGUUGAGAGAUGUGGUGGGGAGAUAUCGGGAUCGAUGGGAGAAAUUGAAAGAAGGGGCUAGGGUGCGGCGAGAAGGGAAUGUAAAUGGGAAUACCAAUGGAGGUGAUAGGGGGGGCCCUGCGGCGGGGAACAAGGGUGCUGCUGCUGCGGUCGGUAAUGCAACUACUACCACUCGUACUACUACUACAGUUGAUGAGGGUGCUGCUGCGGUCAAUCGAGAUGGCAACAGUGGCAAUGUCACUACUGAUGCAGGCGGCGAAGGCGAAGGAGAAGGCAUAGUAGAAUCAGAUGAGGAAAACGCGAAGGGUUUGCUCGAUGAUUAGCUUUUGAAUUGAAUGAUUGGGAUCCCGGCUUGAACGGGCUGCUUUAGUUGAGAAGUAAUAUAACCAACAACUUAGAAUUGAUUGAUGAUUACUUC